CCAUGGUAUAAGCAGCAGUCGGGUGGACGGUUUGGUGCCUCAACCACUUUGUGAGUCGAUUCGAGUCGAGUCGCCUCCCCGUGUAGCGCCGCGUUCGGUUUGUACCGUUUAGUUUGUUUUCGUCGGCCAUUAGCGAGAGUCGUGUGUCGUUCCGAGAGAUACAUCCGAAGCAGAGAUAUUCUCGUCGUUCUAGAAGAUACGCCGCCACAACCACGGACCGAAAUGAAUUUUUUUCCGUGAUAUACGUAUAAAUUAAAUCAAAUAUAAACGUAUCGUAUCUGUGUUGAAUACGCGACAAGUGAGAGAAAAUUCAAAUGAAAAGCUAAACAACCCGAAAAACCGCCCCCGCAACAAUCACACCCCCCGAAUAAGUCGCCCACCCCCACACCCCCACAGCCCAAAAACGUCCCCCCUCCCACACCACCAAAACACAUCGUUCGCGUCUCUUGAAAUUCAUUUGGAAAUAAAUCGUGUUUUUAGCAUUUUUUUUUUGGUUGUUGUUGUAUUUUUGCUGUUUAAUCGCUAGCCGCCAGCCAAGUUAUUUACAUCGACCGUCGGGCAACAACAACAACAACAACAACAACAACAGCAACGACAACAGUUACAGCAACAAGAACAACAACCACAACAAGUCGAGUCUGGCGAAAAAUGUUUUACAAUUAAAAUUACGCGCGCAGCAGGCAAAAGUAUCUGGCAGAUACGCAAACACACACAUACCCACCCAUACACUGAAAGCAGGGCGCAAUAUGCGCAAAUUAAACUAAAAUGCAGCAUAUCAGAGCUGUAAAAACUUUUACGACUCCCCCUCCUGCCACUGCCAUUGCCAUUGCCACUGCCACUGCCGCUGCCCCUGCCACUCCACAGAGAGAGAGUGUCCUGGUCCUGGUCCUGCCACCCGCACAGUCGAAAAUAAUACCAGAUACAAAUUAAGGUCGCUCAGCGGCAGCGCAUAAAACAGGAACAACAAUCCCAGGACAACGACAACACAGGACAACGGUGAAGAAGUUUCUACCUGAGGAGAGUAUAUUAGAGGCAGGACUACUACGGGAUCCGGGAUCCUUACACAAAAGGAUAUCCAGCAGGGGAGCAGCGCGCACACACACAAAGGCCGUAAAACAUUUUGGGCUGCUGCAGGUCGGUCCUCCUGGCAUUCUCCUGGCAUCCUCCUCUGGUCGUAAAUUUUCAACCCAACCAAGCAACACCAACCCCCACCCCGUCCCAACACACGCCAGAAAGAGCCGAAAAUAUCCAAGAAGUAACUGCAUCUACGGCUAACCAGCAAAAGGAAAACACACAUAUACAUAUAUAAAUAUAUAUAUAUAUAUAAAUAUUCGAGCAUUCGAGAUGGCGGGCAACAUUGUCAAAUGGUGGAAGCAUAAAAUACUCGGCGGCUACAAACAAUUCUCAGUCCAGGAAUGCACCACAGACUCCGAGGAGCUGAUGUAUCACCAGGUGCGUGCCUCCUCCUCGUGCAGCGCCCCGCCCGACCUGCUGCUGGUCAGCGAACGUGACAAUAAUAUACAACUGCGAUCGCCGGUGGUUAAUAUAAUCACCACGCCACCGGGCAAUGCCUCCGGUUCGGCAAGCAACAAACAGCAGCAGCUGCAGCAGCAGCAGGGGCACCAGCAUCAUCAUCAGGCCAUGCCCAUGCCCCAUACCCAUGCCAGCAGGCACCACCACCACCACCAGCAGCAGCAGCUGCCGCAGGACAUGAGCAGUAGUGGCAGCCACACGAAGCAUUUACGCAUCAGCAGCAGCUCCGGGGGCAAGCACGGCAAAUAUGCAAAUAUGCAGCAGCAACAACAACAACAACAGACGGCGGCUGCGGCGACAGGCGUCGAUGAGGAUGUGGUCGAUGCGGCAGCGGCAGCCGCAGCCGCUCCACAUGGAGCCCAUCAGCAGAUGCAUUCGCGUCACUUGCACCACCACAAGGAGGAGCGCAUCCGAUUGGAGGAAUUCACCUGCGACGUAUCCGUGGAGGGUGGCAAGUCCUCGCAGCCGUUGCAGUUCUCGUUCACGUUCUACGAUCUGGACGGGCAUCAUGGCAAGAUAACAAAGGACGACAUUGUGGGGAUUGUGUAUACCAUAUACGAGUCGAUUGGCAAGUCCGUGGUGGUGCCCCACUGUGGCAGCAAGACAAUCAAUGUGCGCCUCACCGUCAGUCCCGAGGGCAAAUCGAAAUCCGCACAGCAGCCGGCGAUGGCGAUGGGCGUUGUCCCCGCUUCUGUGCCCCUUCCAGCGGCAGCACUCGGCAACAACAACAAUAGCAACAACAACAACAACAACAAACUGAAGAAGUUGCCCACGGGCCUGGCAGCCAUGUCGAAACAAAUGAACGGCGGCAACGGCGGCGGUGGAGCGCUAACGACAUCCGCCGGCACACGCCGCCAGCAUCGGUAUCGACCGCGCAAACUGAUUAAGUCCGACGACGAGGACGAUGACAGCAACAGCGAAAAGGAGAGGGAGAAGGAGAGAGAGAGAGAGAGGGAGAGGGAGUCGCAUGCAGCAGACCAGCAGCCAAGUGGGAGCGGCAGCAAGGGUGCUGGCAGCAAGAGCCACCAUCAUCACCAUCAUCACGGCAGAUACCAGAAGAACCAGAGCGGCGCCAAAUUGGAGCACCAGCAGCAGCAGCAGCAGCAGCUGUGCUGUGCCGACACGCCGGACAAUACCUACGAGAAUAUGUUGAAUCUCAAACAGGAUGCACAGGCAGCGGGCAACGAGGCCACGGUUCCCGACUGUCCUUCAUCGCACCGCCAGCUGCACCAUCAGCGGCAGCAGGACAUCUACAUGAAGCAGGCCACACAGCGCGUGAAGAUGUUGCGGAGGGCGCGCAAACAAAAGUACCAGGAUCACUGCUUGGAGACGCGCCAGCGCAGCCUCUCGGUGGGCAAUGAUUCCGGCAAUUGGCAGAACCGCCACUUGCAACAGUCGCUGCAGCAGCAGCCACAGGCGGCACACAAGAGUGCCUCGGUGUCGCCACCGCCCCAGGCGGGGGAGCUAAUGCUGGACGGAGUGCAGCUGCGCCAGCCACGGCCCCCCCAUCAAUCCCACCAUCAGCAGCUGCAACAGCAGCAGCAGCAGCAGCAGCGGAAGUCGGCCGAGUGCUGGAAAUCGGCUCUAAAUCGAAACGAUUUGAUAAGCAUCAUCAGGGAGAGCAUGGAGAAGAAUCGCCUGUGUUUUCAGCUGAAUGGAAAACCCCAAGCCAAUGUGAGUCCCAUACGGCAACCGGCAGCACAACAACAACAACAACAACAGCAACGCCAACGCUCCAGUACGGGAUCGAAAAUUCCAACACUAAUUGCCAACCACAGUCCUGCCGCCCCCCAGUCUCCGCUCAGCUGCAGCCCCCCACCCUGCACCCUGUCCCUGUCCCUGUCCAGCAGCAACCAUCCGGCGGCAGCCACCUGCAGCAUUCCGGUGCCAGCACAGGCACAAGCACAGGGACAGGCACAGGCACAGGCACAGGUGCCAGCGCCUCCGGCGGUCAUCGAGGUGGGGGGAGGUCAUCAUCAACACGACCAUCCCCAACCGCACAUACCCAUCUACCAUCAGCAGCUGGCCAUUAAUCCGGCCGUACUGGCCGCCCAGCACAGUCACAACAGUGCCCACAACAAGCUAAAUCUCUGUGGCUACGAUUCGUUCCUGCAUGCCACAAUCUGUGGCGGCGGAUCGGCCGCCCACUCGCCACCGCCGACGCCGAGCAAUGUGGCCACAGUGCAGCCCAUACCCAAGAAGAGUCACAAUCAGAAGAGCCUGCUGCAAGGCUACCAGCGACUGGAGCAGCAACAGCAGCAGCGGUCCAGCAAGGACUACAAGAACUACGGCAAUCUCAUCUAUGCCAAGCUCAGCGAACAGCUGCAGCAGAAGGAGCGGGAGCAGCGUCGGCAUCGCCACAAGCAGCAGCAGCAGCAGCAGCAGCAUCACCAUCAGCAGCAGCAGCAGCAACAGCAGCAACAGAACCAACAGCAGCAGCAGCAGCAGCCACUGAAACCGAAGGAGGAAUCUCUAGCAGAGCAGCGUCCUCCCACUUCGAGCUCCAGCUCCGCAGGCUCCAAAAUCUUUGGCGAUGCCUUGGAGUGCGCGCACCUCUUGGCCAGCGAGGAGGAGGAUCUGCCGGCCAGCCCACCGCUGACUCACAGCACACCCAGCAAGGUGGUCAGCACCGAUACCCUCAUCGAUCUGAACGACGAUGUGGGUGAGGCCGUGGCCGAGGCCGUCACCGAGAGUGGUGGAAAGCAGCAACAGCAGCAGGCCCUGGAGGCCGAUGAGGGGCAAGAGCAAGAGGUGGAGCUGGACACCAGUGCCUCCAGCUCGAUGAUCCAUCGCUAUGUGCACGAGCACAUCCACCAUCACUACCAUCACUUCAAGGAGCAGCAGGAUGUCUGAAUGAAACCACAGAAAGGAUAACUACCACUAGAACGAAUGAAACUAUAAACUAUGUAUUUUUGAAUGUUGCUUAUGUUUUCAGUCUAAUCUAAUGAUUAAUGUAGCGCCAAUUGUAAUUUAAAGUUAGCAUUUAUCAUCCAUCUACGAAACCAACAAAAUACCACCCCAACAAAAUAUGUAUUCGAAUCAGCAAAACGAUAUUACAAGAGGAUCUGGAAACGAGGGGGAUCCUUCCACUCCUCCCAGUCUUCGUUUGGUAACCACUUACGACUCCUUGCCCCAAAUGGGGUGUUUGGGGUGUACACAUACACAAAUACAUGCAUAUAUCGUAUCGUAUAUAGCCUUCUUGUAGCUUAUGCAAAAAAAAAAGAAACCAAAAUUAACGCGCCUUUUGCCUUGGCAACACAUUCGUAUGCUUUUUUUUGCUAUGCUAACCGACCUAGCAGCAUGUUGCCGCAACACAUAUCACGUAUCAGAGAGCUGGCAGCAUGUUGCCCCAAGCAUUUUGUGUUGCUGAAAAAACUAAAACAAAAACCGAAGGAAAAUGUGUGGAAAAUGACUCUAUUGUUUAGUGAAAAUUAUUAAAUGAAAUUGUUGUCUAUAAUAUGAAAUUUUAUGCAGCGCUUCUUAGGUGUAUAGAAAGAGACAGGCAGAGAGAGAGAGAGAGAGAGAAGGAGAUGGAGAUGGAGAUGUAUCUAAGUAUCUCCUUAUGAGAGUUUUAAGUUAUCUUCUACCGAUCGAUCGUGUAUAUUUAUGUUUUUUUUUAAAGCCAACUUAAUUUUAAACCCUAUUAUUAGUUUCUAACACUAACCGCCAACAAGA